CCCUCUCAUUCCUUUAGCCAUAAUUAAACUUUAGCGCCCCCCCGCCCCCCCUCUUAGCACCUCCAAAGGCAUCCUCUUCUCGUAGGGUGGCUCCACAAGGGCUCAUAUCAGAAGGGGACAGCCAUGGAGUAAACAAGCAGACACGGUCUGUCCUGUGCUUAGAUUAGAAGUCCAGGAGUAAUCGCCAUAGCGUCUGUAGAUACAGUUCACAGAGUCAUCGCCGUGGACACGUCAUUCUUCUCAGCCACUGUCUACAUCAUGAUUUACUGAUUUAUGCUGACCGUACCACCUACCUGCUAUAUAUGCUAUGCCUUUUUGACAGUCAGGGAGUCGCGUCUUGAUCCUCCCUGCAGGGUUUACUUUGUGCUGAAAUAAAACGUCAGCUCCAAGACUUUCUUUUCUUGAUCUUCUUUCCUCGUUUGCAUCAGAAUCAUCUAGAGGACCCACAUUUACAUGUAUUUCCCUCAUCAGAUAGACUGAACUUCUGAGCCACCUGUUGCUGUAAUUAGCAUUUAGUCAUCCUGGUGGAGUCAUGACAUAUACCGGCACUGCUUUUAUGUUACUGAGCAUCUUAAGCUCCUACAAUGCCAGUGGCAAACUUUUAGUUUUUCUAAUUGAUGGACUCCGUUAUGACUACCUCAAUAAUCUGGACAAUUUUCCUGGGUUCCGACAGAUUGUGGAAAACGGAGUGAAAGUGGAUUACAUGACUCCAGAGUUCCCCAGUCUGUCUUAUCCAAACUACUACUCACUCAUGACAGGCCGGAACACUGAAGUGCACCAGAUGACUGGGAACUACAUGUGGGACAUGGACUCGGAUACGGAAUUCCUGCUGGGCACCAACGCAGACAGCCGCUUGCCUCUGUGGUGGGACGGAGCAGAGCCGAUCUGGGUGACCAUGGAGAAACUGGGCAAGAGGGUCUACAUGUACUACUGGCCAGGGUGUGAAGGCGAGAUUCUAGGAGUGAGACCAUCUCUCUGUGAACCGUACCAACCAAACGCAAAUGAAGGGAACUUGACAGAUGCCAUGGAACGUGCCCUUGACGCGUUAAAUGAUGGCCAAACUGACAUGGCUGCUGUGUAUUAUGAGAGGGUGGACGCAGUGGGUCAUUUCUUUGGGCCCCAGUCAGUUGAGACCACAGGAAUAGUUCUUGGUCUGGAUGGCGCCAUGCAAUUUCUCAACCAAAGGGUCAUGGCAAAAAACAUGAGCAAAGUCUUGAACAUCGUCAUGUUCUCUGAUCACGGCAUGUCUGAGAUCACAAACCUCAUUGAGCUGGACAAACACAUCAACCUGUCCGAUGUCAUCAAGGUGCUGGACAUUGGUCCUGUCGUGAGCCUGUGGCCCAAACAAGAAAAGUUUGAAGAGGUGAGAUCCUCUUUUUGGCUGUAUUCUCAUUUACAACUAAUGAUGACAGAAAGUGCUGUGGAAAAUAUGACAACCUACCGCAUAAGUGACAUCCCUGAUCGAUUCCAUUACAAGGAGGGGAGGUUUGUUUCAACUCUGACCCUUGUAGCCAAACCAGGCUGGAUCAUUACUCCUACCAUAUCAGCCCUGCCUUUCCAGCCAAAUGCCACUGGAGACAGGAAAUAUGGAGCACAUGGCUACGACAAUGAACUUGUUGAGAUGAGAGGGUUCUUUGUAGCAAAAGGGCCAGAUUUCAAAAGCAACUUCAGUGCUGGACCAAUCAGAUCCGUAGAUGCCUAUAACGUCAUGUGUCAUACCCUGGGGAUUGAUCCGCUUCCCAAUAGCGGCUCAUUGGACCGCGUGAGGGCCAUGCUGAGAGAGCCGUCCAGUACAGCGGUCCUAGUAACCCAGCACAGCUGUCUCCUGGUCUUGAUAGGACUGUUUAUAUGUGUACAUGUGUCACCUUACUGAAAUCCAUCCCCAUUACGUUUUACCUGCAUUUACCUCAAUGCCACACUGACAAUAGUAAACGAGCCUGAAAAGAAUGCAAUGUGCAUCUACUUCCUGAAUUUUAGGUCAACGAUACACG